AGAGCGCGCUGGCCGCCGCCUCCAUAGUCGCCGCCGGCAGGCAGCGAGACAACGCCCGCAAUUUCGCCUCGCGCACGAGCCAUGGACGCCGCCGUCUCCUUCGCUCUGCUGCUGCUUGCCUUCGCUGCCGUACUUCCUUCAUCGGCACUCAAUCUGCCCAGCUACGUAAAGCCGUGCUCCAAGAAUGACCCGAACCUCAACGACUGCGCCUACAAGCAUGCACAAGAGGCCAUCCCGAGCAUCCUCAAAGGAGACCGCAAGUACAACGUGCCGGACCUGAACCCUCUCAAGGUGAGUGAGAUCAAGGUGCGCCACACCGACGGCAGCCCCGGCUUCGGCAUCACCUUCAACGAUAUCAGCAUCUUCGGCAUCAACGAGCUGGUCAUCAAGGAGACCAACUUUGAUCUCGCCAAAAACGAAGCAGAAAUCAAAGCGCGCAUCCCUGUAUGCCAGUUGAUGGGCAAGUACAGCGUGGACGGCAAGAUCCUCCUGCUGGCCAUCAAGGGCAGCGGAGACGUCAACGUCACACUCGUUGACUUGGAUAUCGUCGUCACGGUUCACUGGGAACUGGAGAAGAGAGACGAUGGUAAAGAGUACAUUAAGCCUACGCACUCGGAGAUCAAGUAUGACAUGAGCCGCGCCUAUAUGCAUCUGGACGGCCUGUUCGGUGGCAACAAGCUUCUGGGUGACAACAUGAACACAUUCCUGAACGAGAAUUGGCAGGAAGUGGUGAAGGAGAUUGGUCCGGCCUUGACGGAGGCGCUGUCUGCGGUGGUGACGCAGGUUCUGUCCGGCAUCACAAACCUGGUGCCCUACGAUGAAGUCUUCCCAGAGAAGGUGUAGCCCGCCGGUGACCGCCAGCUGUACCAAUUUGUUGUUAUUGCUAUGUUUUCGUGUGCCUUAAAAGUUACUCGAAAACACUUCCUUCCUCAUGCUUAGACACUUAUUUAUAUUAAAUAAUGUUUAUUUCUCCAGGACCAAUGUCUAUCGUUUGAGAAGCGAGAGUGGUAGAUUGCACAAACGUUCUCCCCUAUGGCCCUCCGGAGGAAGGGCAUUUUAUUUCAGUGAAUAUGAUAAUUACCUAUCACUGGUUUCCAUUACACUUUUUUCUCUAGUUUACUCUAAAAAAUUAUAAAUGACUUGCCUUUUGUACUAUCAUUAUUGACUUGUUUAAUCACUUCUUUUUGGCUACUCAAAAACUUUAGCAAUUUAUAGAAUUCCUUAUGAAUAAAACUUAUUUCACAACCAUA